CCGCUGAACAAAAAGAAUUAACACUACGUCCUGUGUAGCCCUUUCACUCCCAUCACAGCGGGAAUUCGUUCCUGUAGCCGGAGUGAAGGCUCUACAAAGGUAGAGAGAGGUGUCUGCAACUUUUAAUCAGUCGAGAGAAAAUGGCUGCAGCUUCAAAUUAUGCCAAGAGGAUGGCCCGGCUCAGUGCCAGAAUAUUUGGUGAAGUCACUCGACCCACGAAUUCUAAGUCCAUGAAGGUCGUCACGCUCUUCAGUGAGAAACCGAUGCAGAAACGCGAGGAAGUCGUUGACUACUAUCCUAACCUACCUGUAAUCGACAGGCUCAUGCGUCAGCUGCGUCAGCUGGGACUCUACAGGGAUGAACAUCUGGAUUUUAAGGAGGAAAUGCACCGAUUAAGGAAACUUCGAGGGAAAGGAGCGCCGAAGAAGGGUGAAGGAAAGAGUGCACGCAAGAAGUGAUCCUAUUUCCUCAUGUGCAAGGACAUUUCUGCCUGAGUCACAUGUACAAAUUGAUCCAGAAGUCCGCUGUCUCAUUCUCUGUGUAGUGUUCAGAUAUUUGCAAUGAUUAGCAGCCCAUGCACCACAAUGUUGCAUAAGGUUUGUUAGAAGGUUGGAACUCAUUAGAGCAAGAAGAAACAUAACAUCAACAGCAACAAAUUGCAAGAAGAAACGACGAGACGUUGUGUCAACUGAAACUCCUCUAUAAUAUGGGCAAAUCAUAUACGAUGUGAAUGUCAUCUCGUUUCGAUACAGUUGUAAGCAGCAAAAAAUUGUAUAUAGUGACUGUUAUUGUAAUUAAUAAAAUGAAAAAAAUUAUUCCUGUCA